CGAAAGCCAACCACCAAAGGUUGCCAAUCUCAUACCAAUACGACAGAUUCACAGUCGACGCUCCAAUCAAUCGAUCUUGUCGUGCCCAGAUUUGCGCUUCCGAACGAUGAUGUAGAUGAAAUAAGUGCGAUUUCCCCAAAUCAAUUCCCUGUUGUUCCGGCUAUUUCCUGGCUGGCUCGUCGCCGGUGAUUGUUCAAAAUGGCACAACCACCACAGCCAUCGCCUCAACAAGGUCCACCUCCGCCCGCACGACAGCAGCCAACACCUUCGAGAAACAAUAGUAUUGUAUCACCGAAUGUAGCUGGAGGUAGCGGGCCCGGUGGCGGCGGCAUGGGUCCUCCGAGCAUGACAGGUCAUGCUCCUGUACCACAACAUGCGCAACCUCACCCCAGCGGGAACAACAACGCAGCAGCCGCAGCGGCUUCAAAUUCACCUCAGAAUUUGAAUCAGAUUGUUCUGGAGUACCUCAGCAAAAAGGGUUACAGUCGAACAGAGGCUAUUCUCCGAAAGGAAAGUCUAAAUAUCGACGCUAAUGGCUCACCCAUCGUGUCCAGCAUUAUGGACAUGGGAGGCAAGCGCUUCAAGAUCGCUUUUGAGACCGCUCUAAGAUGGGUUGACAACAGUCUCGAAAUCUACAAGCCAGAGCUUCAAAGACUGCUUUGGCCGCUUUUCGUGUAUUGCUUCCUCACCUGCAUGAGUGACUACUAUCCCGAGGACGGACAGGCAUUCUUCCGCAGCUUUCGACAAAUGUUCGAAGCCGAGCACGAAGACGACGUCCGCGCCCUUUCGAGCGUCUACCUACCAGAGCAUGUUCAAGACAACAAAGUCGCCAAGCUCUAUCAGGAAAAUCGCUAUCGUUUGUCGAUCAGCGAGAUGGCCUAUCGGCUGUUGAUAGGCUUCCUUGAGUCACAGAAUGCAGAGGGGGGCCAAAUCAUCCUUGACGUGAUACAAAGUCGCAUGGACCUACGUUCGGUUGAUCGAGCGGCCUCUGGCACAGAGCGUAGUCUGACCAAGAUGCUCACAUAUCGCGAUGGCCAGAUCGAUGCCCCUGCCGAGGAUGAGGGUAUCCCGGGCCACAAUCCUGGCUCAGCCAAUCUAUCUCAGAAUGCUCCUGCAGUACUCUCCAAACUUUCCUUGGGCCCUCUCCCGAUGGAGACCGAUCUACUCGAGGAUGUCAAAGCCGAACUUGCCGACUUGGACGCUGCUGAGCCUCCAGCCGCAGGUCAGACUUCUCUAACGGAAGAAUUCGAGCAGCGAAUCAAAAAGGAGCCACUUGACGAUGUCCCGUCGCGUGACAACCUGCCAUUCCCGCCUUCGACGGCUCGAGAUGUAGCAAUGGAGGUGCAGAAAAUUAAAGAGAACCGUGACCGCUUCCGAAUUGAGGGACGCACCGGCGGAGUGGGCCCUGGCGUAAGUGUCACAAUGUUCACUCUUCAUAACACAUUUGAUAGUGUUAAUUGCAUCGAGUUUUCUGGAGAUAAUUCACUAUUGGCAAUUGGAACGGCGGAGUCAUAUAUUCGUCUAUGGACACUGGACAACCAAGCUCUAUCGUCACCCACAGAUCCAGUUGAUUUCCAGCCUUCCUCAUCGCGCCGCCUGAUCGGCCAUUCUGGUCCAGUCUACGCACUCUCGUUCUCGCCAUCGAUCGCACUAUCUGAUGAGCGACCCACAACAAACGGCACUGCGAACGGUACCCACGCAUCUGCUAAGAAUGAUUCGCGCCCUCGUUUCCUUCUCUCAGGAUCCGCUGAUACUACCAUCCGUCUAUGGUCGCUUCAAACCUACACCAAUCUAGUUGUCUAUCGCUCCCACAGCAGUCCUGUUUGGGACGUCCGUUUCUCACCCCAAGGCCAUUACUUCGCCUCCGCGUCUGCGGAUCGCACAGCCCGAGUAUGGUGCACAUCCUCUCCAUCGCCUUUAAGACUUCUGGUCGGACAUGAUAGCGAUGCAGACUGCCUGGCAUGGCAUCCCAACUGUAGCUAUGUCUUCACUGGCUCUUCAUCACCCGAUCGCACUGUUAGGAUGUGGGAGGUCGUGCGUGGAACAUGUGUCAGAAUCUUCACGGGACAUACUGGAAACAUUACGAGCAUUGCUUGUGCGCCGAACGGUCACACAGUAGCCAGCGCGGAUGACCGUGGUGAGAUUUGCGUUUGGAGCAUUGCCGCUGGCCGUCUGGUGAAGCGGAUGCGUGGCCAUGGCCGGGGUGGAAUAUGGAGCCUUGACUGGUCCGUGGAAAGCUCUGUUUUGUCGUCAGGCGGUGCCGAUGGGACUGUCCGAAUCUGGGACAUGAGGAGUGAUUUGAACAGCAUUACCACAGGCAAGAACGUUGCUGCUAGUGGAGAGGCGGCAGCUGCUACCGCUGCAGGAGCCAAGACUGAAGCUGGCGCUGCGGCGGCCAUCACAGCUCCGACGACGGCUACGUCGACAACCGGCGCUGUGAAGGGCAAGAGCAAGAAGGAUGUCGUAGUGACACCAGAUCAAAUAUCUGCGUUUCCGACGAAAAAGAGUCCCGUCUACAAAGUGCGCUUCACCGAGAUGAACCUGGUCAUGGCGGCUGGCGCGUAUCUACCUUGAAAUUUCCACGCCUACAUCGCGAGAGGCUGAUGUACAAUACGAUGGAUUGCUAGGGCAAACGCUCUAACUUACCCUGUAUUUCCCGAGAUUUGAUGAAACGACGGAAUUGAAAUCUGCCAACUGGUUUGUCGGGUCCGCGUGGGCACAGCGUAAUGAAAGUCUUAUUAUACAGUCCGCACCAUGUAAAAUCUGAGCUGGUCGCUUGCACUCAACGUCAAGUUGAGUAUUCUGCAACAGACUCUGCCCACCUGUUGACAAAACUUCGCCAAAUCCGCAUGGGAGUUUAGAGGCAAGGCCAAUGCCAAAUAUGUGAACAAAAUAAAUUGAUUGAGAUUCAAGUA